AGGACUUUCCUCCAACCUGAAGAUGGCAAACCACCUUUUUGAGCUGGUGGAUGUAUAAAUCAACUGCAUUGAAUAAUUAAAUUACAAAUAAUGCAUGAAACUGUGGAAAAUAGAAUAGAACUGUGGGAAGGCACAGCUCUCGCCUGGGUUCCAAAAGCAAUUCAACUGCACUUAAGGUUCUCAAGAGCACAGUCGCCUCCAUAAUCAUUAAAUGGAAGAUGUUUGUGAUGACCAGAGCCUUUCUUACAGCUGGCCGUCUGGCCAAACUCAGCUAUUAGGGAGAAGAGCUGUGGUGAGAGAGGUAAAGAAGAACCCAAAGAUCACUGUGGCUGAGCUCCAGAGAUGCAGUCAGGAGAUGGGAGAAAUUGUAGAAAGUCAACCAUCACUACAGCCCUCCGCCAGUCAUGGCUUUAUGGCAAAGUGGCCCGGCGUAAGCCUCUCCUCAAUGCAAGACACAUUAAAAGCCCACAUAGAGUUUGCUAAAAUGGUGAGAAAUAAGAUUAUCUGGUCUGAUAAGACCAAAAUAUAAGUUUUUGACCUUAAUUCUAAGCGGUAUGUGUGGAGAAAACCAGGCACUGCUCAUUACUUGUCCAAUACAGUCCCAACAAUGAAGCAUGGUGGUGGCAGCAUCUUGCAUUCCAACAAGACAAUGACCCCAUGCACACAGCUAACAUAACGAAUGACUGGCUUCACAACAUUUCUGAGACUUCUUGAAUGGCCUAGCCAGAGCCCUGACUUAAACCCAAGUAAGUGUCUCUGGAGAGACCUAAAAAUGGCUGUUCACCAACAUUUACCAUCCAACCUGACCAAACUGACGAGGAUCUGCAUGGAGGAAUGGCGGAGGAUGCCCAAAUCCAGAAAAGCAAGCUCAGUGAUGAUGAUGAUGAUGAUGUAAUGCCGAAAGAAAGAGAACAACAAGUCCAGCCAACAAGAUGACGUAACAACAAAAAUUGCCAUCAGGUGCAUCCAUUAGCGCUGCGGUGGGUUUAUAUAUAGACGGCUCUGGGUGUCCAGGACCCGUGCAGUGACCCGCACCAUCUGCUGCCACACUGAGCCACAAAAUGGCGAACUGCAGGGUGGCCACGCAGGUUUGGGCUCAUCAGAAAGUUGGAUGAAGAAGCAGAAAUCACUCAGAGUCAACUGAAUUAUCUCCAUAUGUUUUUUGUCUCCUCAAAAAACAACAUAAAGGGCAUCUUGCUCACAGGAGGACUGAACAGCGCUAACUGUGACCCAGCACAACAUCUUCCCUGUAUUCUCAGCCCGAGCAGGAAACACAUUGGCAGGCACGACGCAGACCCUCGCCUGGGCUCCCAAUCCCCCCAGUGUCUCUCCUUCCCUCUUCCUCUCAUCUUCUGUCGACUUCUCCAGCUGCACCGCUACGCUAGGGACACUUACGGCAGCUGUGGACACGCCCCCGUGCUGCGCCUGGUGGUGUUGCAUGUGCGCGAGUGCAGUCGGCAGUUUUGAAAGCAGUUCCUGAUAGAGAGACUAUCGCUCCGCUUCUACACUGGCAGAGCAGAAGAAAGAGAGAGAGCGAGGGAGAGGGGAGAGCGAGAGAGAGAGAGAGAGAGAGAGAGGUUUCUCCCCGAGCGCCGGGUCCACAUUUGCACGAUGGCAUCAGAUCCAGGGCUGCUGCCCCUCUUAGUGUGGACUAUAUCAAUGCAGGUCCUGGGAUCCAGAGGAACAUCCAAUAAUGAAGUGAAUCUCCUUGACACAACUAAAAUAUCAGGAGACUGGGGCUGGCUCACAUAUCCUUCACACGGGUGGGAUGCGAUCAAUGAAAUGGACGAGUACUUCAGCCCCAUCCACACAUACCAGGUGUGCAAUGUGAUGAGCCCAAGUCAGAACAACUGGCUGCGCACCAACUGGAUCCAGCGGGACGGUGCGCGACGGAUCUACAUUGAGAUGAAGUUCACCUUGCGCGACUGCAACAGCAUGCCGGGCGUCCUUGGCACCUGCAAAGAGACCUUCAACCUCUACUACUACGAAACAGACCGGGACGUGGGCACCAGCAUCUGGGAGAGCCAGUUCUCUAAAAUCGACACCAUCGCGGCAGACGAGAGUUUUACCAAUGUGGAUCUGGGAGUGCGGAGACUCAAACUUAACACUGAGAUCCGUGGUGUCGGGCCGCUGGGAAAACGUGGCUUCUACUUGGCCUUCCAGGAUAUCGGAGCGUGCAUCGCCAUCGUGUCGGUGCGGGUGUAUUAUAAACGCUGCACGGGAAUGGCGCGCAACCUGGCCAUCUUCACCGAUGUGGUGACGGGCGCAGAUUCGUCCUCAUUGGUUGAGGUUCGGGGUCAAUGUGUGGAUCACGCUGAGGAAAGAGACACGCCCAAGAUGUACUGCAGCGCUGAGGGGGAGUGGCUUGUUCCUAUUGGACGAUGCGUGUGCAGCGCUGGCUUCGAAGAACAUAGAGACAACUGCAUUGCGUGUGAGGUGGGUUUCUACAAGCCUGUGGCAGGAGAUCAGCAGUGUGGAAAAUGUCCUCUGCACAGUCACUCUGAGACUCGAGCAGCUCUGUCCUGUCCCUGUGAUGCCAACUUCUAUCGCUCAUCUACAGAUCCACCUUCUUCUCCCUGCACAAGACCUCCAUCAGCCCCAGUGAACAUCAUUUCAUCAGUGAACGGGACGUCGGUCAGUCUGGAGUGGGUUUCCCCUCUGGACACCGGAGGCCGCAGUGAUGUGAUCUAUGACGUCCUCUGCCAGAAGUGUGAUAAAGAUGGGUUACAGUGCGAGGACUGUCGGGUGGGUGUGGGUGGAGGUAAUGGGGUGGUUAAUAGUAAUGUUAAUGGAGCUUCAGGAGACACCAGUGGAGCUGCUGGCGGGACAGUGGGAGCCUUGAAUGGGCUUGUAGUGGCCAGGUCAGGAGCUGCUCUGGUGCGCUUCAUCCCACAGCGAACAGGACUUACUGAACCAUGGGUGACUGUGCUGAAUCUCGCCGCUCAUGCUAACUAUACCUUCCGAAUUAUGGCGCUAAACGGAGUCACGCAUCUGAGCAACGAGCAGCCGCAGUCUGUGAUGGUCAAUAUCACCACUAACCAGGCAGCUCCAUCUGAAGUGAUGGCCGUCCGGCAGGAAAACGCCAGUCAGAACAGCGUCACUCUUUUCUGGCAUGAACCAGCGCAGCCUAACGGAGUCAUAUUAGAGUAUGACAUCAAAUAUUACGAAAAGGACAAUGAGCAGCAAAGUUAUGCUACACUGAAGUCAAAGAACACCAGUGCUAAAGUGUCCGGUUUGAAGCCUGGAACGAGUUAUAUCUUCCAGAUUCGGGCCAGAACCUCGGCCGGCUGUGGACGCUUCAGUCAGUCAGUAGAGAUACAGACGGGCAAAGCACCUCCCCUGCGAAAUACCAACGUGACGAUUAUCUGGAUCUGCAUGGCUUCGGUAACAGGACUGGUGACAUUUCUGGCCGUUGUCAUCUGCAGAAAACGGCAAGAGGAACGCUGUGGGUACAGCAAAGCUUUCCAGGACUCAGACGAGGAGAAAAUGCACUACCAAAAUGGCCACGUAUCAUUUCCAGAAGCCAGAUUUUAUAUUGAUCCCCACACAUAUGAGGACCCCUGCCAGGCUGUCCACGAGUUUGCCAGAGAAAUUGAAGCAUCCAGGAUCAAAAUAGAGAAAAUCAUUGGUUCAGGAGAGUUUGGGGAAGUGUGUUACGGCCGGAUGAAGCUGCCGGGGAAACGUGACGUCCCGGUGGCUCUGAAGACUCUUAAAGCCGGAUACACCGAGAAGCAGAGGAGAGAUUUCCUGGCUGAAGCCAGCAUUAUGGCACAGUUCGACCACCCAAACGUCAUCCACCUCGAGGGGGUGGUUACUCGCAGCAAACCGGUAAUGAUCAUCACAGAGUACAUGGAGAACGGCUCCUUGGACUCUUUCUUGAGGAGACACGACGGUCAGUUCACCAUUAUUCAGCUGGUUGGGAUUCUGCGUGGCAUCGCGGCUGGCAUGACUUACUUGGCUGAUCUGGGUUACGUCCACCGGGAUUUGGCCGCCAGAAACGUUCUGGUCAACAGUAAUCUGGUGUGCAAGAUCUCAGACUUCGGGCUUUCACGAGUGCUGGAGGACGAUCCUGAUGCAGCGUAUACCACCAGCGGAGGGAAGAUCCCCAUCCGCUGGACAGCACCGGAGGCCAUCGCCUAUCGAAAGUUUUCCUCCUCCAGUGAUGUGUGGAGUUAUGGAGUGGUGAUGUGGGAAGUGAUGUCAUAUGGAGAACAGCCAUAUUGGAACUUGACCAACAGAGAUGUGAUCAAGUCCGUAGAGGAGGGUUACCGUCUCCCAGCCCCCAUGGGCUGCCCCGGGGCCCUCCACACCCUCAUGCUGGACUGCUGGCAGAAAGACCGCAACGAAAGACCCAAAUUCUGCCAGAUCGUCACAGUCCUGGACAAACUGAUCCGCACUCCUGAAACACUCAAAUCAGUGGAAACAUUGUGCAGACUAAACAGUCCUUUGAUGAACAGAAGUAUUCCUGAUUUCACCAGCUGCAGAUCGGUGGACGAGUGGUUGGACACCAUUAAAAUGGGCCGCUAUAAGGACCACUUUGCCGCAGGAGGGUAUCGCACACUUGGACAUGUGAUGAGCAUGAAACAACACGACAUCCAGCGGUUGGGCGUCACGUUAAUGGGCCACCAGAAGAAGAUCAUGACCAGCGUCCAGGUGAUGAGAGCGCAAGUACUGAACCAGAGCGUGCCCUCCGUGCACAUAUAGUCACUGACUGAUCUGAUACAUGUUUGGGUCUCAUGUACGAACUGCAAAAAAAAAAAACUCUCCCCUCCUUAACAAAAACUGGACUAUUACUGCGAUAAAGGAUGGAGGUUUUUUUUUUCUUCUUCUUCAGCAAUGAUCUCUCUUCUCUUUUACUUCCUUUUGUAAAUGUUUGGACUGCCUUAAAUGACAUAAUUUAAAUAUCGUUGUACAUGGAUAAAGAUUUUAUUGAAUUCUAAAGUCAUGAAUAUGUAAUGAGCGGACUUAAUGAAUAUUAAAACCAUGGAGAUGAAUAUGCAUAGUGUACAAGUUUGGCCACACCCACCACAGCGCCGGAUGAAACUACGAGUGCCUGAAACAUGACACCGAGAAAAAACAAGACGUCGCAAGAGAAUAAACGAAUAAUCUACUGUAUGACAAAACCGAAACCCUCCGGAGGAAACGUUCAGCUUCUUCACAAGAUUACGGACAAACGCUGAAUUAGUCUCUGUGGUCAUAAAAAGAGGGGGGAAAGGCAAUUAUGUAUGUCAUGUGUUUGAUUAAACGCUCUGAAACUCAAGCGGCUGUUAUUUAUUGCGUACAGCGGCGAAUCCCUCUGGAAAUGAGAGGAAUAAAUGUGUGUAAAUGUUGGUCUGCGGAAAACAGAAGCGCUUUUGAAAUCUGUCUGAAAUGGAGUGUGUGUCUUUCUUUCAGAGUUCAGACCCAUUUGGAAAUAUUUGUUCUUAGCGUUCGCAGAGUUCGGGCUGUUUUACAUCGGAUACAUGAUUCAUUUUGGUGCGAAAUGAACAUAAAUGUGUGGAUUUUGAUGGGACUGACGCUUUUAAAGUCAACGUGAAAUUAAAACUGACCCUGAUUACUUUUCUCAGUGUAUUAUUAUGGACGGUUCAUCAUCGGUGCAUGUUUUAUUUUGUCAUUAAAAUGCAUUUUAAAUGCAUUAAACUUUGUUGUCAGUACAAAUUUCAUGUUGACUUUACCAAAACACUGGACCUCAUUUAAUUUUUGACAACAGGGUAUUAUCUGUAUGUUCAUUCUUAUUUUUUUAUUUAUUAAAUUAUGAUUAAUCAGAUUUAAUUAAAUUAAUUGUGCGUUUGUUUGGUGGAAUUAGUUUCCCAUGAAUCGUAUAUGUAAAUAUGAAUAAAAUACUGUUUUUUUUUGGCGCGCUCUUUCUUUGUUUCUUUGCAAAUAAAAACAAAACACUGUCAUUUUGUGUCUUUCAAUGCAUUUAGCGAACGCAGAGAGGAUAUUUAAAUGUGUUUAUCAAUAUGAUAAUGUUUUAGUAUCAUGGAGGUACUUGUGUUAACGUUUCGAUAUGUUUCUUUUAUUUUUAUAUUUGUGUUCAUUAAAAUGUAUUGGUUUUCUUAA